UACUUCCGUAAACAAUAUUGGCAGGUGUUAUUAAUGGAUGCAUACCUACUGUUGUUUUUCUAAAACAAGUUUUACUGUUGUGACAUUUAUUCUAGACUGAAAGUGAAACUUGAAUAGCAUAAUAUUCAAUUUCUCAGUCAAGAUGAGUUUAAUGAACCAAGGAAGAAACGAAAUCAGGUUUAAUAAUAGUGGUGGAAAAUGUCUUUUAGAAAAUUGGGUGGAGGAGAGAAAUGUUUCACACUUAGAUCAAUCAAAUAAAGAUUUAGAUAAACAUACUCAAUCAGAAAUAUUACGAGCCGGCCAUCCAGGUUUAUUAACUACAACAUUUAACAGUAAAGUAGAAGAUUUAACAACAUUUCGUGUCUCCUAUAAAAAGCCAGAAACUCCUAAUGUCAGACAAGUGGGUGCUAAGAAACAGUUAAUGGAACAGAUGUUAUAUGAGCAGCUCAGCAAAGAAGUAAAUGAAGAAUUUAACCCACCCCCUCCUGCUACAGAUUUCCGAUCUGUGACUAUCGUUGAUUAUACAAAAGAUUUUACACCAGAAGAACCCAUUAUUGAUACGUCGAAGCACAAUUACAAAACAGAACAACCAGUAACAUUCUGGACAGAACACCGAGAUAGAGUAACGGGAGUUACGCAAGUUAAAACAGGUGAUAGUGGAUUUAGAAAGAAUGAUGCGUUUAGUAAACCUAUAGAUGAAUAUUGGGAUGAACCACAACCAUAUGAACUUGAAAAUUAUCCUAAGAUGUAAUGUUUUAUGUAUUUAUUGAUUUUAUUGUAUAAAAAUAUAAAAUUCAAA